CUCAGGCAAAGGCGAGGCGAGUUGAGUUUGUUGGUGUCAAAUUUGAUAUAAUAAGCCGAUUACAAAGGUCCAGGAAUUAAUCCUCAAUUCAAGGACGCACAUACCGCAUCGCAUGGAUAAACUUGAUUGAUCACGGAAUGCUUAGAAUUACGAGGAAUAGCGGCCAAUCGUUUUGUUCCUUAUGCAUUCAGAAUCAAUACCUGCUUGGUAGAUAACACGGAUGUCAAUUUGAUUGUAGCAUAGUAUCGCAUUCCACACGGCCGGGGUAGGACGAAGCUCUAGCACUGAGACUACCAUACAGGACUUAUACAGAGCCAGCCCUGUGUCUCAUUGAACAGCUUAUAUAGACGGACAGCUACAUAUUCACUAGUGAGGAUAUACGAGAGACUCUCGAUGGCUAGUUCGCAGAAUAAUUCAUCCCCGAGUGGGGAGAAAGAAGACAUUGGUGGCUCAUCAAAGAAGCAAGGCACAAGUGACGCCGAAGAAGAGAAGAUCAACGAGAGGAAAAAGAGUGAAAAAUACCACAAAGUUUUCAAGAAAAGUAGUCCAAAUAGCAAGAUCACUGCUUACCUCGGCAAAAGAGAUUUUAUAGAUCACAUAAGUCAUACAGAUCCAGUCGAUGGUGUGGUGCUAUUGGACCCAGAGUAUCUCAAAGAUCGCAAAGUCUAUGCUCACAUUCUCGCAGCGUUCCGAUAUGGCAGGGAAGAUCUGGACGUACUCGGGCUCACAUUCCGAAAGGAUCUAUUUUUGGCAUCGAUGCAGGUCUAUCCAACGAAACCUGAACACCAGCGCCCUCUUACAAGAUUACAGGAACGACUUAUUAAGAAACUCGGAGAAAAUGCGUUCCCGUUUUUCUUUGAGCUGCCACCAAAUGCCCCAGCAUCUGUGACGUUACAACCAGCACCAGGAGACACAGGAAAGCCAUGUGGUGUGGACUAUGAGCUGAAGACGUUUGUAGGUGACAGCAUAGAUGAGAAACCCCACAAGAGGAAUUCCGUCCGCCUGGCCAUAAGGAAAUUGACGUAUGCCCCUGUUGAACCAGCCCCUCAGCCGAAUGCGGAAAAUACUAAGUCUUUCCUUGGUAGUUCAGGACAUUUGAAAUUGGAAGCUAGUCUCGAUAAGGAAAAAUAUUACCAUGGGGAAUCAAUAUCAGUCAAUGUUCUAGUUGAUAAUAACACCGGUAGGAGUGUGAAGAAAAUCAAGAUAUCCGUUUUGCAAAUAGCCGACAUCAUGCUCUUCAGCAAAGCUAACUACAAAUGCACCGUGGCGGAACUCGAGACUGAUAGGCAGAGUGAAAGAGAAGGUUUUCCGAUCGCGCCAAGUACGCAGGGUUUCUGUAAAGUGUAUUCCCUAACGCCUCUGCUGGCCAACAAUCGCGACAAACGUGGACUAGCCCUCGAUGGCAAACUCAAACACGAGGACACGAACUUGGCGUGUUCGACAAUAAUGUCAGAUCAGAACCAGAAGGAAAAUCUAGGUAUUGUGGUACAAUAUAAGGUCAAGGUCAGGCUAAUUCUUGGAUUAAUUCCUGGGGAAUUAUCCGUUGAACUUCCGUUCACAUUAACACACCCGAAGCCACUGGAGAGUCCCCCGCCCAGCCGACCUACAAGUGCUGUUGCAGCGGGAGAGGACCAGCCACCACUAGAUGCUAAUCUCAUACAGUUGGAUACUAAGGCCAAAAGGCUAGCGGCCCAAAAGGCUGGCAAGAGAACACUGCUGAGUGAUGCUUACUACCAUGAACGGGACGAUGACCUCAUCUUUGAAGAGUUUGCGCGACUUCGCAUCAAGGGGCACGAAGGCGAUGACACCGAGGCCUAGUCACUAUGGCAACCAGAUGUAUUUAUAGCUAUCCAAGAUGUCACAGGAAUUCACUCUGGGGUCAUGUGAUCUCAAACGAAAAAUCAUGUGAUAAAGAUGCGGCUAUUUCGACGCGACAUAGCGCCGAACUAAUCUAGUCUCAUAUUAUGCAUUUAUCUAUUGUGCUGGGUGCACCCUCUGUUGGUGGUGGUGUGAACUAAGUCCGGUGACGAUUAUUGGGUCUAUUCCGAUUGAUAAAUCAACUGAUGAUCAAAUCCACAAUAACUGAAGACAACAUGCACUUAAAAUGUUCAAUGAUAAUGACCUUGACCUCAGAGUGUGACCUUGACCUUCUAGGUGUGUCCUUGACCUUAAAGGUCUUCCUAUACAUCUCCUAUGUAUACUGCCAUGUAUUAUUCUAUAUAUACUUUAUGUACAAAGUCAGACCAUUCAGUAGUCUUAGGAUUGCUUCAAAAAAUGGAUCUGCAUCUAUUUGCAUUCAAAUUUGUGUUGUGCUGACAUUUGUUAAUGUUUUAUAGUACUUAAGAGAUAUCCACAGUGGAUAUGGAUUGUGUGAUUAUUUGAACACAUUUUAUGUUUGAACAGUUGACACUGGACGGAAUAUUGAAACUAAUCACAGAUUUGAAUCCACUAUAAAAGGACAUGAAUUAAUUUAAGAUGUUAUGAAGUGAAAGCUGGUCUAGUGACUUAUGAAAUAUGGGUCCCCUGAAUUAUGUUCUGGUGGAUGAACAAUGUUUGAAUUAAGCGUCGGCAGUUUGUUGCCUCGAUCAUUAAGAGGUGGGUCAAUUCUGUGUUGACUUAAAGAAACCAAUCAAGAAUUGCCUCCAGCUGUUCAUUUUAGUUUGCAUAGUACAUGUAGACGUCCUGCAAUGUACUGUUUUGUAAAAGCUAUCUUUGCUGAAAAUAUCUUUUUCACAAAUCAUGGUCAUACUAGACGGCUUGAAUUUAGUGGCAUUGACACUGGUAUUUAUAACUACUCUUAUAUAAACAAAGCAGUUCCCUAGAUACAUGUAUCUGUGAGCUAUUUCGACAAUGUGUUGUCAUGGUUACCUAUGUAAGUUGAUAGAUUUUGGCUGCGUAUCAAAUACCACAAAUUCAGCGGCAGUCUGUGAGGACUUCUCUGAUGGUGUUCAAGUCCAAGUGUUCAUCCUUUUCUCUCAUUGAAACUGAUAAAAAUAACUUCAUAUGCCUAGCCACUUUGUUUCAAUUCCUGAUUCAGAAUAUUGUUAUGGGAAAACUAGAUGAGGUAGGCUUGUGUCGACCAUGUUGAUGGGUGUAGGGUCGUCUAAACAUGUUAGAGUCUAAAUGUUGGUUCAUGUGAAGUUUGCUGGGAAACACUGUCCAUGAUGUAUAGAACUCUAGGUAAAUGUACAGAUUUUUUCGCAAACUUGAUAUGGAACGGACCAUAAAGUUAGUGAUAUUGAUGUUAUUGUAUCACCUUUGUAUAUUUAUAUCUGCAGCAUAGUUUCACCAUAUCUUAAGAUUUGUAAAAGUUUGCUUUUCUAUAUUGCGAUCUGGUCGGGUUGUGUGUUGCCCCAGGAUACAGUGUGACAUAUAAACAAAUUGUAUUUUAAUAAUAUAUUGUGGAUAUUGUGCUUAAAUUGAUGUUCUGUUUAGCACUUAAGGGCUCGAAGGUAUCCUGGGAAAAUGCAAAAUAUAUCUGUUUGCGAAUUGAUUCUCUGAAAUAUGUCCCCAUCACGAAAUUCUACAGACACUUGGAAUGAAGAAGUUAUGAUUACAACAGUUUUCUUAAAAAGUUUUCCCAGUUGGUUAUUUUUCCACGAUAUCUUUUGACCUGUAAGCUUCUAAAUGGAACCGUUGUGAAAAUCGCUCGCAAGAGUUGUACAUGUACAUCGUAGGUUUAGGUGAACAUGUGUUCUAAUCAUGUACUAAUGUGAUCCAACUAACAUAGGCCAAGCAAGGAUAAUUUUGUGCUACAAAUUACAAUGAAUGUUUUGCUAUCCGACGACUUAAUCAUUGCUGUCGAUGUUAUUUCGGUCUACUGUAAUUUGUUUUUAGUUUGUUUCAACAGCGCAUGAGCCCAUUGUCCAAACACUUGCUACUUUUUAGCUGCUCUCAGUUUCUGUGGGAAUUCCAAUCUACGAAUUGGCGUAAUUUGACUUUCAACAACAAUUCUCCAUUCAGCCUACUGUCAUUUUGUGCGAGGUGUUUUCCAGCCUAUGUGUCUCAAACUAUAGUACGGGCUUCAUUGAGUGUGGAGUGUUAUGCUCUGGGCUAUAAACUGUUCAAAUUUCAAGCUGAAGGGCGUCGUUUCCCUCUUAACCACUGUGAUCUUUCCCUUCCAAAUCCAUCAAAUCUCAUAGUUGUUGUCUGUCAUGGACAUUAUGGGCCACAAUUUUGUUGAAAAACCUGUGAACGCCAUUGUGUUUGGCGUUGGUGGUUAGAAUAUAUUGGGAUUGAUUCCAUGAUAUAAGGUAAACAGUACAAUUAUAGUCCAGUACACGAAAACAGCUGGCAGUAUGCAUUAACGCACGCAGAGGCUGUAAUGGUACCUGCUUACCUUACCUAAGCUUUUUGCUGAGAUUAGAAAGCUUCCUUAUCACUUUUGAAAUCUUCCCUUGGUUUUGAAGUUGUUGUUCUGUUGUAGUCAGGAACUACAUCGUGCUGACAGUAGGCCCUGUAGUAAGUUGCAUGUAGGAAUUUUACAUAAUAUAUGGAUUAUAAUAUUUUGAUGGUAGGAAAUCUGAAGCACUUUUAGUUUGUUCUUUUAUCCGAAUAUCAAUAUGUGUAUGCAAUAUUGGCAUCUAUGUUCUAAUGUUUGUUUAUUCCGAGAAAGUCUCAGACUAGGUACGGUAAAACCAGAUAGCUUUGCCAACCCAAAUAACAGGUCAGGGGUGUUAUCGAAAAUCAUUCAUUUUGAUGAAAGAUAUUUUAUCACAAUGGAAAUUCUUUUCAAUAGAACCUUUAAUCUGGCUUUUGGCAGAUAACUUAAGGAGUGGUGUACCUCCUGGUGGCGUCAUUAGCAUGUUUGUAAAGUAUGUAUUAUUUUCUGUAGUUCAAAGCCGAAAGUCUAUGAACUAUUCUUCGUUAUGCCAAGGAAACAUCUUCUUGUAAUUAGCUGCUUCUUUCAUGAAUUUGCUCGGGGAUAUAUUUGAAUAUUUUGUUGUUAAAACUUGUUGGUUUUUUUGUCGAUGUUAGUUUGGUAAAUUAUGUUGCAAUUUUGAGAAAUGUAGAAACUUUCUCAAAAAACAGGCUUUCAUAAAGAUAGGAAGUUGAGGACAGUGGUAGAACCGGAAAUAUGGGAAAGGGGCACAGCAGUCCCAACCAGACAGCACUGAAGCUAAAAGAUUCAAGAUACAAGCGCCAAAUAUGCAUUUUCUGGGCAUCUGAGGGUUUAGAUUCAAAGUAGUUAUUAGCUUCUGGGCAGAAGGGCUCUGAAAUAUUGUUUCUCAAAAAGGAGUGCGUCCGCCACUGGCACUGGAGGAACACGAAAAAGAAUGAAGCUGAAAAUUCUGGCAUUAUCUCACAACACUCCUUUAAAGGGGAACUAAAUGCAGGAGCCUGGGUAUGACAUUUUCAGAGUUCCAAGAUAUUCGGAUAGUUCCCGAUUGUUGAUAUCUAAACUGUACGUGGCAUCCUGACCAUUGUAAAGAUUCCCUUGUAAACUAUUGACUGUGUUGUUCUAUGGAGUUGGCAAUACUUGCUGUUAGUAGUCAUGAAAACUUCAACAAAUAAAGUUA